CUUCUACUAUUAUUUUCAUAGAUUAGGUCCAUUUCCAUCUCGUCCUAUAGAAGUCUACACCUGUUGUUAUAUCUCGCGACGCUCUUCUGGACUCGUCAGUUGCAAUUGCCGUUUCUAUAUCCACACACAGCCAACUCUAAUUACGUGAAAAAAGACUUUUUCAUCUACAUCUCUGCUACCAAAUUUCUCCUUCAAAGAUGGCACCGCCGAAUCUAAAUAUCGGAGUCCCUAACCUCCCCUACUUUACCCCACAACACGCCAUCUCCCCUGGAACACCUUUCCCCUCCACUACCAGCAAAUCCACCCCGAUUCCAACCCUCUUCACGCCCCUCCAAAUCCGCUCUAUCACCCUGCGCAACCGCAUCAUCGUAGCACCUAUGUGUCAAUAUAGCACUGCAUGCACCGGACCCGAAACUGGCGCACUCACAAACUACCACAUCGCAACCCUCGGGCACUAUGCGCUCAAAGGUGCCGGACUCGUAUUCAUCGAAGCAACGGGCGUCCAGCCCCAUGGUCGGAUUUCGCCGAACUGUCCGGGGCUUUGGGAUGAUGCGCAAAUUGCAGCCCUGAAGCGUGUUGCGGAUUUUGUGAAGAGUCAGGGGAGUGUGUGUGGGAUUCAGUUGGCGCAUGCGGGACGCAAGGCGAGCACGGUUGCGCCGUGGGUUGCGGCGAGAGGGGGAGAUGGGAUGAAGAAGGUUAGUGUACGGGCGACGAAGGAGGUUGGUGGGUGGCCUGGGGAUGUUGUGGGUCCGAUGGGUGGGGAGGGGGAGGCUUGGGAUGGCAAGAGUGAGAGUGAUGAGAAUGGGGGAUUUUGGGCACCAAGAGCGUUGACGGAAAAGGAGAUUGACGCGCUGGUCGGGGACUUUGCGAGUGCGGCGAGGAGGGCUGUGAAGGCCGGUGUGCAGGUCGUGGAGAUUCAUGCGGCUCAUGGGUAUUUGUUGCAUCAGUUUCUAAGCCCAGUUACGAAUCGUAGAACAGAUCGGUAUGGCGGGUCGUUUGAGAACAGGAUUCGGUUGCUGGUUGAAGUUAUGCAGGCUGUCAGAAAUGCAAUGCCGUCCGAACUCCCGCUUUUCCUGCGAAUCAGCUCGACCGAGUGGCUGGAAGGGUCGGAGCUUGGGAAGCAGUAUGGGAGUUGGGAUGUCGAGAGUUCACUAAUUCUGGCAAAGAUGUUGCCGGCACUGGGCGUCGAUCUCCUGGACGUGAGUUCCGGUGGGAAUUCGCCCAUGCAGAGUAUUAAUAUGUAUGAGUCGAAGGAUUAUCAGACGCGUAUUGCGGCGAGGAUUAGGGGUGAGAUGAAAAAAGAAGGGCUGAAUUUGUUGAUUGGAGCUGUUGGGUUGAUUACAGAGGCAGAACAGGCGAGAGACAUUGUUGAAGAAGGCGGUGCGGUAGGCCAGGCUGGAGAGAAUGGGUCAAUUGACCUAGAGGCAAAGGUUGCAGUAGAAAUGACGGAGGGAAAAGGUGGACGUGACCCAAUGGCUGAUGUCAUUCUAGUUGCGAGGCAGUUUAUGAGGGAGCCGGAGUGGGUGUUGAAGGUGGCUUGGAAACUGGGGGUUGAUAUUGCGUGGCCGAGCCAGUUUUUGAGAGUUAGGUUCCCCAAGUUGUAGGAGAUGCAGAUAAAUAGGGCGUAGAUGAUGAGAGACCUGACAGGAAUA